AAGGAGUCAGCCAAGGAGAAGCAGCUGAAGGAGGAAGAGAAGAUCCUGGAGAGCGUGGCAGAGGGCCGAGCUUUGAUGUCCGUGAAGGAGAUGGCAAAGGGCAUCACUUACGAUGAUCCAAUUAAAACGAGCUGGAGAGCACCUCGUUACAUCCUGGGCAUGUCGGAGGCACGGCACGAUCGCGUGCGCAAGAAGUACCACAUCCUGGUGGAGGGGGAAGGCAUCCCGCCCCCCAUCAAGAGCUUCAAGGAGAUGAAGUUCCCAGCAGCUAUCCUCAGGGGCCUGAAGAAAAAAGGAAUCCAGCAGCCAACACCCAUACAGAUCCAAGGCAUCCCCACAAUCCUCUCCGGGAGGGACAUGAUUGGCAUUGCCUUCACUGGCUCUGGAAAGACUUUGGUGUUCACCCUCCCGGUGAUCAUGUUCUGCCUGGAGCAGGAGAAGAGGCUGCCGUUCUCCAAGCGAGAGGGACCCUACGGACUCAUCAUCUGUCCCUCGCGGGAGCUGGCCCGGCAGACCCACGGCAUCAUUGAGUACUACUGCCGCCUGCUGCAGGAGGACAGCCUGCCCCCGCUGCGCUGUGCCCUCUGCAUUGGCGGCAUGUCUGUCAAGGAGCAGAUGGAGACCAUCAAGCACGGUGUACACAUGAUGGUGGCAACCCCUGGCCGCCUGAUGGACCUGCUGCAGAAGAAGAUGGUGAGCUUGGACAUCUGCCGUUACUUGGCCUUGGAUGAAGCUGACAGGAUGAUCGACAUGGGCUUUGAGGGGGACAUCCGUACCAUCUUCUCCUACUUCAAGGGCCAGCGGCAAACCCUCCUCUUCAGUGCCACAAUGCCCAAGAAGAUCCAGAACUUUGCCAAGAGUGCCCUGGUGAAGCCCAUCACCAUUAACGUGGGGCGAGCAGGUGCUGCCAGCCUGGAUGUUGUGCAGGAGGUGGAGUACGUGAAGGAGGAGGCCAAGAUGGUGUAUCUCCUCGAGUGCCUGCAGAAGACCCCACCGCCCGUGCUGAUCUUUGCUGAGAAGAAGGCGGAUGUUGAUGCGAUCCAUGAGUACCUGCUGCUGAAGGGUGUAGAAGCUGUGGCCAUCCACGGAGGGAAAGAUCAGGAGGAACGGACAAAAGCUAUCGAGGCCUUCCGGGAUGGGAAGAAGGAUGUCCUGGUUGCCACUGAUGUCGCUUCCAAGGGCCUGGACUUCCCAGCCAUCCAGCACGUCAUCAACUAUGACAUGCCGGAGGAGAUUGAGAACUACGUUCACCGUAUCGGGCGUACAGGCCGUUCAGGCAACACUGGCAUCGCCACCACUUUCAUCAACAAGGCCUGUGAUGAGUCGGUGCUGAUGGACCUCAAGGCCCUGCUCCUGGAGGCAAAGCAGAAGGUGCCGCCUGUGCUCCAGGUGCUGCACUGUGGGGACGAGACCAUGCUGGACAUCGGAGGUGAGCGGGGCUGUGCCUUCUGUGGCGGCCUGGGCCAUCGCAUCACCGACUGCCCCAAGCUGGAGGCAAUGCAGACCAAGCAAGUCAGCAACAUCGGCCGCAAGGACUACCUGGCCCACAGCUCUAUGGACUUCUAGCCUGGGCCGUGUGCUGCCCAGCGCUCCCC